CUUACCCUGGGACUGUUUGGUGUGCUGCCACUGCUCUACUGUUUUGUCUAUUAUUUCGGUGAUGUUUUGGAAUAUCUUAGCCUAGAAGAUAAAUCCGAUUUGGAGGAAACCGAUAUUUUCCUGUGGAGGGGUCUACCCUAUGGCCUAUUGUGGUAUGCUUUCUGUUUUGUGGGUUUCCAAAUACACGGUUUCACUUUGUAUUUCUCCUAUAAUUUGAUCAAAGCCUGGAAGGCACGUUCUGCCCGUAAAUAUCAAUAGAUAUGUUAACAAAUCAUAUUUUCUAUCCAAUUUUUUUAAAUACUCUUGUUGUAAACUAGAAAAAAAAGAAAGAACAAUAUACAACUACGAAAAAAAUUUACAUAAAUUGUUAGACUAUUUUUUGAUGUUUCUAUACAGAUGCAAUUAAAUAACCAUUCAUAUUCAAUUUGAAAUUGGCAAAUACACAAAACUUGUAAUUCGUAA